CUAUCAAGCUGACGUGUUAUCAAGCGCUGACGUCCGGGGUGUCCCUACUUUACCGGGCUCUGCUACCUGCGUGACGUUAAUUCAUAAGAAAAGAGGGCACAGGUGUCCCUAACAGCCCGGUAAACAUGGCGGGUUACCUGAAAGCCCUGAGGACCGUAUCCAGAAGUACAGCCGCUUCCCUGACUCUAAACCCCGCAGUACUCUCACCGGCUGUCGGCUGCCGUCACAGGCUCCAACAGAGGAACUAUGCCACACAGCGCAUCAAGGUGGAGCAGCCGGUGGUGGAGAUGGACGGAGAUGAGAUGACUCGCAUCAUAUGGGAAUUCAUCAAAGAAAGGCUGAUCCUGCCCAACGUGGAUGUUGAGCUGAAGUACUUCGACCUGGGUCUGCCCUACCGCGACCAGACAGACGACCAGGUCACCAUCGACUCUGCUCUGGCAACUAAGAAAUACAACGUGGCUGUCAAGUGUGCUACCAUCACCCCCGACGAGGCUCGAGUUGAGGAGUUUAAGCUAAAGGAGAUGUGGAAAAGUCCCAAUGGAACGAUCAGGAACAUCCUGGAUGGCACCGUUUUCCGGGAGCCAAUUAUUUGUAAAAACAUCCCACGUCUUGUCCCCGGAUGGACACAAGGCAUAACAAUCGGCAGACAUGCUUUUGGCGAUCAGUACAGGGCCACAGACUUUGUUGUUGACCGGCCUGGCAAGUUCAAGAUGGUGUUUGCCCCCGCCGAUGGAAGCCAGCGGAGAGAGUGGGAGGUGUACGACUUCCCUGCAGGCGGCUGUGGGAUGGGGAUGUACAACACGGAUGAGUCCAUCAGUGGAUUUGCUCACAGCUGCUUCCAGUAUGCCAUCCAGAAAAGGUGGCCUCUAUACAUGAGCACCAAGAACACCAUCCUCAAGUUCUACGACGGGCGCUUCAAAGACAUUUUCCAGGACAUCUUUGAGAAGACAUACAAGCCAGAGUUUGACAAGCUGAAGAUCUGGUACGAGCACCGUCUGAUCGACGACAUGGUGGCGCAGGUCCUGAAGUCUGCUGGAGGAUUCGUUUGGGCCUGCAAGAACUACGAUGGAGACGUGCAGUCAGACAUUCUGGCUCAGGGUUUUGGUUCUCUGGGUCUCAUGACAUCAGUGCUGGUUUGCCCUGACGGAAAGACUCUGGAGGCCGAGGCUGCCCAUGGCACUGUCACCAGGCACUACCGGGAACACCAGAGGGGAAGGCCAACGAGUACUAACCCCAUCGCGAGCAUCUUUGCGUGGACCAGAGGACUGGAGCACAGAGGCAAACUGGACGGAAACACUGAUCUAAUAAAGUUCUGCCACACGUUAGAACAGGUCUGUGUGGCUACUGUGGAGAAAGGCGUGAUGACCAAAGACCUCGCCAGCUGCAUUCAUGGAUUGGCAAACUGCAAGCUGAAUGAACAUUAUGUCAACACAUCGGACUUCCUGGAUGCCAUUAAGACCAACUUGGACAAAGCUCUGUGUAAAUGAAGAUUUGGGGGAUUGGACCACUUCGUUUUGAUCUCGUUUUAACCCUUAAUUUGUCUUAAUCAUUGUAUAAAGUUUUGAAGCGACUAAGUUUACUACCUUCCGUGACAUUUUUGUUUUUGUAAAGCUGACUGACACACACUGUGCUCGUUCCUCUGCCACCUUACAGUUUUGUUUUGCAAGUAAUUGUACUGUUUGAAUUAAUAUUGAUGUUAACUUAUAACAGUCAUGACAAACACAUUUCAAUAUACAAUCAAGGACAGUGAUGCGAUGUUUCGCUCAGCAUGCAAAUAAAAAGGAUUGUGAUAAUCACUCUAA